AAACCGGUUGAAACACCAAGGAACAAUCCCGACGACAUAAUGCCGAUACUCAACCAACUCGUCAAAGACGUCCAGGAACUACGCCAAGGCAGUAAACCGGAAACCAGUCAAAACCCUCGUACUCAAAUCGCAAAUGGCCCCACCAUAGUCCCCACUCCGAAGACCAAGACAAACUCAACUAAGUUAACGGAACAAGAGAACCGACACCGAAACAACCCGCUAACCCGACACCACCCCUCUAGACUCAUUCUUCACAUAGAAACCCCUCCGGAUCCUACGCAACGGCAAAAGGACCGAGGGUUAGUAGAAGCUAUCAACGAAAGGCUCAAGGAAGUCACCAAAAUCACGGUCAAUGGCGUAAAAUGGAACACCAAAGGUAACUGUAUCGUCAUCACACAUCCUGAUUACACAGCGGAUGACUUGCUUCCAUUCAAAGAUGCGUUCGCAGAUUUAAUUGUAGGAAACUCCAACUACUCAGCUGCACCAGACAAGGAAUGGUUCUGUGUCCUCCUCAACAGCGUGGACACUGGAAAAUCCGAUGCCGAAGACAUGAUGGAAUUUGAACCUCGAUCCGGAGCAGAGGUAAUUUACGAGAUGAAAACUAACAACCCCAGUGUACGCAACAUCAAUUUCAAAGCAGAACCCUCAUGGAUGGCUAAACCGGAGACCCUCGAACACAAAUACCACUCAACUAUGCUCUUAACGGUCUCGUCACAGGAAGAAGUCGAUUACCUCCUCAAACACGUCAGCGGAGUCUUUUUAUAUGGACGGUACGCCUCAUUUUCACGAUUCCAAGAUCUGAAACCCGUCCGUCAGUGCAACCGAUGUUGGUCUUUCGACCAUCAUACGUCCAAAUGUCCUAACUCCCCUAGGUGUCGAGUAUGUGCAGGCGAUCACACUGAACUGACGCAC